AAUGUGGUUGUCACGGGCAGUGCACAUGGGCAACAGCAGCUUUCUUCUGGGCCUCAGAAUCCUGAUCCUGGCUGCUGGGGCCAUGCUGCUUGCCAUCAGCCGUCGCCAAUGGGAUCACUUGUGGCCAUGGGGCCCACUUGGUUCCAGCACUGGUGGUGCCUGUCCCCAGAAAGGUGACUGUGCCACAAUGAUGUUCCCACAGGGUGAUGGCCAGGGCAAGCAACAGCGCAGAUGGAGGCGGCGAUUUCGGGCAGCAGAGCCAUGUAACGCUGUGUCCCCCCUGUGCGGGCCCUGGCGCUGCAGGCCCGGCUGCACCCACUGCAUCAAGGCUGCGCAGGAGCUGCAGGAGCUGGUGCUGUCAGCGUGGGCUGGGAGAGGAGCUGCAGCCGCUCUGGAUGCUGGCACGUGGCAGGCGCUAUGGCAGGACCUGGAGGAGCUGGUGGAGCAGGGAGAGCUGAGCUGCUGCGGCUCCCCCAGUUGCCCCGAGAGCAUCAGUCCCUCCAAGAACCUGACAGCAACGCUCCUGACUCGAGAUGGAGGAGUUCCUAUGGAGGUGAGGUCUGUUUACUCCCUCGACCACACGUGUGCUGGCAGAGUCUCUUCAGCCCUGAAGAUGCACGUGGCUCAGAAAGUCCUGGAGAUACGGCUGGGGGCCCUGCCCGUGCCGGUGCCGGUGCAGCAGUCCCAGGAGCAAGCAGCACGGCAGCAGGGCUGCUUCCAUGUCCUGGCAUUGUCUCUCCCUCCUUACACUGACUACAGAAGAAGCCCCAACGGUUAG